UUACAGGCUUUGACAGAAUCACUUGAUAUCAGCAGUCUGCAGCAUUUGUUGGAUAAUAUUCCUCCACAUCUACCAAAGCCAGUGAAAGCAGAUCCACCCCAACAAAAAUCCUGUGAAAGCCGAACAGUUGUAGAAUCCUCUUCCUCCAGUGAUAAAGAGAACAUCCCAGAUAAAAGGAGUCAGUCCAGAGGAAGGAGGCAAGCCAAGGCAGUCUAUAUCCCUGCCCUGGUCUACAUAACAGUGGAGGAAUUCGAGGAGGUCCCAAAAUACAUGAAAGGGAGACUGAAUUACAAUCAGGUAAACACUGCCAUUGAUGAGCUAAAUAAGGCAUUGAGUGAGAAGUACAAAAUUCUAGGAAUGAAGAGAACUACGCUUAAUGAUGCGAACAGGAAGCGAUACGAGAGAUACAAAGAACAGGAGUCUAAGGACACCAAAGGUGAGUACUGACUAAGUGAUGGCUGAAAUGCAUACGGUCGUCCACUGUCCCUGAAUAUUGUGGGGUGAUGUUGCUAUAUAGACUGGGUAAGGGACCUUGGAGUG